UUCCAAACAUUGCCGUCCAUCAAUUAUUAAACUAAUCAUGUCAAAUAUUAUAUCAACUAUUGACUUUAAUUCUACAACAACUUGCAACCAAUCCAAUCCCACACAUCAAACUCAUCCUCAUAACCCAAUGGACACCACCACCGCCGGAAAACCUAGCAACGGCCACCGGUUGGUAUUCUUACCGUUACCCUACCAAGGCCACGUAAGCCCUAUGCUUCAACUGGCAAACAUACUUCACUCCAAAGGCUUUUCAAUCACCAUCCUCCAUACUCUUUUUAACUCCCCUAAUCCCACCAACUACCCUCACUUCACGUUUCUACCCAUUCCCGGUACCGGUGAUGAGUUACACUCCCUCAUCGACCUGAAAAACAUCUUACGUUUGUUGAACUACAUCAACGCUGAUCUCGUGGACCCGAUUCGAGUAUGUUUGAACCGGUUGAUGUUGGAGGAGGAUGGAGUUGCAUGCUUGAUCACAGAUGUUCAUUGGUUUGGUACACAGAGUGUGGCUGAUGACUUGAUACUUCCGAGGAUUGUUCACCGGACUAGUAAUAUUUCGUCUUUUCGUUCGUUUGUGGCUCCUGUGCUCUUACGUGACAAGGGUUCUGUCCGGGGAUGUGAUGAAGAAGUUAAGUCAGAAGCAUCAGUUUCUAGGCUUGAACCACUCAAAGAUAAAGACUUGCCAAAGUUCCUUCCUAAUGAUCCUGAAGGUAAAUACAAGAUCUUAGAACUCACGGUUAAAGGAAUCAAGCAAGCACGAGCACUAAUAUGGAACACAUUCAAAGAACUAGAAGAACAUGAACUUGAAGCUCUUAGCCAAGAUUUCCCAAACCCACACUUCCUAAUAGGACCAUUUCACAAGUUUUUUCCAGCAUCAUCAAGUAGCCUCCUAACACAAGACCAAGAAUCUCUUUCAUGGUUAGACAAACACCCACCCAACUCCGUGUUAUAUGUUAGUUUUGGUAGUCUAGUUAGGGUUGAGGAAUCACAGUUUUUGGAAAUUGCAUGGGGUUUGGCUAAUAGCAAGCAACCAUUUUUAUGGGUGGUCAGACCAGGGUCCGUGGAAGGGUCAGAGUGGCUCGAAUGUUUACCAGAUGGGUUUUUGGAGAGAAUCGUAGAAGGAAGAGGAUAUAUUGUUAAAUGGGCUCCACAGCAAGACGUAUUAGCUCAUCCUGCAACAGGUGGUUUCUGGACUCAUAGCGGGUGGAAUUCGACCCUUGAAAGUAUUUGUGAAGGGGUUCCAAUGAUUUGUUCUCCAUCUUUUGGUGAUCAACUCCUAAAUGCAAGAUAUGUAAGUGAUGUAUGGAAGAUUGGUGUGAAGUUGGAAAAUGGUUUUGAAAGGGGAGAGAUUCAAAGUGCAAUAAAGAAAGUUAUGGCAGAUGAGGAAGGGUUAGAAUUUAGAAACAAAAUUGUAAAUAUCAAAGGAAAAGUAAACUUUUGUCUAAAGAAAGGUGGUUCAUCAUAUUCAUCACUUGAGGAUUUGGUUAACUACAUUUUGUCAUUUUAGCCGAUGAAAAAUUAUAAGUC